GAUGACAGAAUGACAGCAGUGCGCGCGGAAUAAAUGCUCGCGUACCGGAGCGGCAGGAGCGCAGAGCUUCUCACGCGCUGCGUGUUUAUACAGCGGCUCGCUCAGACAUGCCACGCGUCUUCUGAGUGGGACAUCAAGAAAAAAAGUCUUAACCUUCCAUCGGAAUAUUGCCAAGGGGAUAACCGCACUGUUUGAGACGAUAUUUAUAGCUUUUCAAAGUGAAAAGAUCAGCGCUGACGCACAAUAAGACACAAUGCAGGAAUCUGAGCCCAGCGUGUGUCAGCUGCAGCCCAACAUCAUCUCAGUGCGCCUCUUCAAAAGAAAGAUCGGUGGGCUGGGCUUUCUGGUCAAACAACGCGUGUGCAAGCCGCCCGUCAUCAUCUCUGACCUCAUCCGGGGCGGGGCGGCAGAGGAAUGUGGGCUGGUCCAAGUUGGCGACAUUGUUCUGGCCGUGAACAACAAGCCUUUGGUGGACCUGAGCUAUGAACGUGCGCUCGAGACCCUGAAGAACGUGUCGCCCGAAAGCCACGCCGUCCUUAUCCUCCGGGGACCCGAGGGCUUCACCACUCACCUGGAGACCACUCUCAGCGGCGACGGUAAACCCAGAACGGUUCGCGUCACCAGGCCCGUCAACCCCGCUCAGAGCAGGUCGUGCGAACGAUGCUCGCCCAUCACACCCAACAUGACCAAAGAGCUCAGGGCGAUAGAGAACCUGUCCUCUGCCUACACUCCCGGGAAAGAACCGCGAGAGAACAAACCCUUGAUUCCCCUGCUAUCCCAGGACUCUCUGCUCAGAGAAGGAGGCCAUUCAGCCCUCCUCCUCAAUGGGGUGGAGGAGAACAAUGACCUGCUGAAGGAGAUUGAGCCAGUGCUGAAGCUAAUAAAGAAUAGCAAAAAAGAGAUCAAUGGAGAAGGUCAGAGAGUCAUAGACAGGAAGGAUGUCGAGGUGCAGGUGGAGAGAGACCUUGGUGUGGGAAAUGGACAGAACGCCCAGCUGGCGUCGGAUAACGACAGAGUGUUCGAUGACCUCUGGAGAAAGGACAGCAUGCCUACGGUGCUUAACAACCCUUACUCAGAGAGUGACAAGCCGCAAUCCCAUGGAAGAGUUUCCCCCACUAAGACUGUACAGAAUGGAAGUCCCUCCAAAUGUCCCAGAUUCAUGAAAGUGAAGAAUUGGGAAACUGGAGCUUUAUACAAUGAUACUCUACAUCACAGCUCCAGCACGGUUCCGAUCUGCACCGAGCGUGUUUGUAUAGGCUCUGUUAUGGUGCCAAACCAGCAGAGUCGCAAACCAGAUGAAGUCCGAAGAAAAGACGAACUGCUACCACUUGCAACAGAUUUCAUUGACCAGUACUACACAUCAAUCAAAAGAUGCGGCUCAAAGGCUCAUGUUGACCGGCUAGAAGAGGUCAAAAAAGAGAUUGAAACUUCUGGAACAUAUCAGUUGAAAGACACAGAGCUAAUCUAUGGGGCCAAACACGCAUGGAGAAAUGCAGCUCGCUGUGUGGGACGGAUUCAGUGGUCCAAAUUACAGGUGUUUGACGCUCGAGACUGCACAACCGCUCAUGGAAUGUUUAAUUACAUCUGCAACCACAUCAAAUACGCCACCAACAAAGGAAACCUCAGAUCGGCUAUUACCAUCUUCCCCCAGAGGACAGACGGGAAGCAUGACUUCCGGGUGUGGAACAGCCAGUUGAUCCGGUAUGCAGGCUACAAGCAGCCUGAUGGAUCAAUUCUCGGAGAUCCAGCUUCUGUGGAGCUUACAGAGAUCUGUAUACAGCAAGGAUGGAAAGCUCCAAAAAGCCGGUUUGAUGUUUUGCCCCUUCUUCUCCAAGCUAAUGGGAACGAUCCUGAGCUUUUUGAGAUUCCUGAUGAUCUUGUACUUGAGGUUCCCAUCUUACAUCCAAAGUUUGAAUGGUUUAAGGAGCUGAAUCUAAAGUGGUACGGCCUUCCUGCUGUGUCAAGCAUGCUGUUAGAGAUCGGAGGACUGGAGUUCACCGCCUGCCCCUUCAGCGGCUGGUACAUGGGGACCGAGAUCGGUGUCAGAGACUUCUGCGACAGCUCUCGAUACAACAUACUUGAGGAAGUAGCUACAAUGAUGGGGCUGGACACGAGGAAGACUUCAUCCCUGUGGAAGGACCAGGCACUGGUGGAGAUCAACAUCGCAGUCCUUUAUAGCUUUCAGAUGUCAAAGGUUACCAUAGUAGACCAUCACUCGGCCACUGAGUCCUUCAUGAAGCACAUGGAGAAUGAGUACAGAGUGAGGGGAGGCUGCCCGGGUGACUGGGUUUGGAUAGUGCCGCCCAUGUCAGGAAGCAUUACACCUGUUUUCCAUCAGGAAAUGCUCAACUAUCGCCUAACGCCUUCCUUUGAGUACCAGCCUGACCCAUGGAACACUCACGUGUGGAAAGGGGUGAAUGGAACACCCACAAAGAAAAGAGCGAUUGGAUUCAAGAAACUUGCCAAGGCUGUGAAAUUCUCCGCCAAACUCAUGGGGCAGGCCAUGGCCAAGAGAGUCAAAGCCACCAUCUUGUUCGCCACAGAAACUGGGAAAUCGCAGGACUAUGCAAAAACACUCUGUGAGAUUUUCAAGCACGCGUUUGAUGCCAAGGUGACGUCCAUGGAUGAAUAUGACACAGUCGACUUGGAACACGAGACGCUUGUGUUAGUGGUGACAAGCACGUUCGGCAAUGGGGACCCUCCUGAAAAUGGAGAGAAAUUUGGUGCGGCUCUGAUGGAGAUGAGACAUCCCACCACCAGCAUAGAGGACAGAAAGACGUACAAAGUGCGUUUUAACAGCGUUUCUUCAUAUUCUGAUACCCGUAAAUCCUCCAGCGACGAACCUGAAACCAAAGCCAACUUUGAGAGCACUGGACCUCUUGCUAAUGUCAGAUUCUCUGUGUUUGGCCUUGGCUCCCGGGCAUACCCACACUUCUGUGCGUUUGCCCACGCAGUGGACACGCUGUUCGAAGAGCUUGGUGGGGAACGAAUAAUGCGCAUGGGAGAGGGAGAUGAACUCUGUGGCCAAGAGGAAUCCUUCAGAACAUGGGCCAGAAAGGUCUUCAAGGCUGCAUGUGAUGUUUUCUGUGUCGGCGACGAUGUUAAUAUCGAGAAAGCGAAUGAUUCCUUGAUUAGUAACGAUCGCAGCUGGAAGAAAAGCAAGUUCCGGAUGACAUACACGGCGGAGGCACCAACGCUAACGCAAGCGCUUUUCAGCGUCCAUAAGAAGAAAGUUUAUGGGGCAAAAUUUCUGCAGAGACAGAACCUACAAAGUGCCAGAUCAAACCGAUCAACUAUAUUUGUGCGUCUUGAUGCCAACAAUCACGAGAGCCUGAAAUACUUGCCUGGUGACCAUUUAGGAGUUUUCCCUGGCAACAACGAAGAUCUAGUUACAACUCUUAUCGAGAAGCUGGAGGACGCACCUCCUGUCAAUCAAAUUGUGAAAGUGGAGUUCUUAGAGGAAAGAAAUACAGCAUUGGGUGUGAUAAGUAACUGGACAGAUGAGUGUCGUAUUCCACCCUGUACCAUCUAUCAAGCUUUCAAAUACUUCCUGGACAUAACCACCCCUCCUAGUCCUCAACUAUUACAACAGUUUGCUCCUCUAGCGACUAAUGAGAAACAGAAAAAGAGACUAGAGGUGCUCAGCAAGGGUUUGCAGGAGUAUGAGGAGUGGAAGUGGUACAAUAACCCCACCAUAGUGGAGGUGUUGGAGGAGUUCCCGUCCCUCCAGAUCCCCUCCACCCUGCUCUUGACCCAGCUACCCCUCUUACAGGCACGGUACUACUCCAUCAGCUCCUCUCCAGACCUCCAUCCAGGAGAGAUCCACCUCACUGUGGCGGUGGUGUCCUAUCGGCCCAAAGAUGGAGAGGGUCCCGUACACCAUGGAGUGUGUUCCUCCUGGCUCAACAGCUUGGAAGAAGAUGAUACGGUGCCAUGCUUUGUCAGAGGGGCUCCAACGUUCCGUAUGCCAAAAGACAGCCAGGUUCCGUGUAUUCUGAUUGGUCCAGGCACUGGAAUCGCUCCAUUCAGAAGUUUCUGGCAGCAGAGACUCUAUGAUAUUGAAAAUAAGGGAAUCAAGGCAUGCCCCAUGAUCUUGGUUUUCGGUUGUCGGCAGUCACAGAUUGACCACAUUUACAAGGAAGAGACCAUCCAGGCCAAGAACAAGGAAGUGUUUAAAGAGCUUUUCACCGCAUACUCCAGAGAGCCUGGGAGACCAAAGAAAUACGUCCAGGAUGUGCUUCGCGAGCAGCUGUCUGAAACAGUGUACAAGUAUCUGAGAGAAGAAGGAGGACAUAUCUACGUCUGCGGGGAUGUCACCAUGGCCGGAGAUGUACUGAAAACAGUCCAGCAGAUCUUUAAACUGCACGGCAACUUGUCUCUGGAGGAUGCUGGCUUCUAUAUCAGCAAACUAAGGGAUGAGAAUCGAUACCACGAGGACAUUUUCGGUGUUACCCUGCGCACUUACGAGGUCACCAACCGUCUAAGGUCGGAGUCUAUUGCAUACAUCGAAGAGAGCAAGAAAGACACGGAUGAGGUGUUUUGUUCAUAGUUUCAUUUUCAGUCCAUAUCGCUGGUUUUUGCUCAUAAUCAGCCAACCAGAAGCAUGAUGGGACACCAACCAUGAUUCGGGAAAACUGUGCCAAGUUUGUCUAAUUUAAAAACAGUUUCUUCUUUUCCUUUUUUUAAAUGGAAUAUUUCAUUUUCUUUGCUAGGUCUUGUUUGAUGUGCAUCUCUAUGAUCAAAUCUGUAUUAAUACAAAUACCUUUCACUUGAAUUUCUGAAUGCACUUUUUUGUGUGUCUUUAUGCUUUGUCCUCAAUGGGCUGCGUGCACUUAGACAUGGCCUGCCUUUUUAACGUGUAAGCAAGAUCAGUGGCUUUUCUGAUGUACAAACAUGCGUAGAUAUUGACUUUUGACCAUUAAGAGAUGGGAAGCAUUUGGUUUGGUUAGUGAGUCUUGGGGUUAUUAUGCACAUUAUGAUCUGUUUUCAUUAAAGACCAAGUCUCUAUCCAUGAUAAAAAAAAGAGGAUGUGCUAGCAUUUACUAAGGGUGAGUCAUCUUUAAAAGAACCAAACACGGACCAAGAGAUGAAGUGAGUGAAAACAUACCCAGUUCGCUUUGCAUUCACACUGUCCUUGACCUUAAAAUUGGGUUCAGAUCUCAUUUUGGUCCAUAUUAGUUCUUUUUGGUUGUGAAAGAGUCAAUAUUAUUAUUAUUAGUUAUAUUAUAAUAUUAAUUUGUCUUCUUCCUCCUCUGCUUUUUAAUAUUAUUAUUAUUAUUAUCAUCAUGAUAAGACUUUACAAUAAGGUCCCAUUAUGUAAAGUUAGAUAAUGCAAAACACGUUACAGUAUCUUUGUUAUUGUUAGUUAAUAAUAAUACAAUUGUUAAUUGUUCGUUCAGGUCCACUAAAUAAUAUUACCAGAUAGAACUUUUGAUUUUUGAUAAUGUAUUAGUAAAUGUUGAAAUUAACUAAGAUUAAUAAAUGAUUUCGAAGUAUUUUUGAUUGUUAGUUUAUGCUAACUUAUGUAGUUAACUAACAUUUUUACCAACAAUCAGCAUUUUCUAUACAACUAGUUGAUGUUUUUUUAACAAUAAUACUUUUAUUAGUAUUUUUAUUUGAGUUAUAAUUUUAAAUAUUUUUUAAAAUUUGACUGAGAAUUAAUUAAAUCUUUCCCGCCAAUGACGGAAUUUUUUGUCAUUUAUGAGACAACACUUCCCCGCCAUUGACAGAUUUUUUUUCUUCCAUGGUUUCACUGUUAUACGGUAGGGGGCGCUAUUACGCAUCUUCUGAAAGAGUACAGAAUCUCCGGAUCAAAACACAGGUGAAGAAGAAGCAUAAAAAAAAUUAAAUAAAUAAAAAAAAAAAUAGAAGCAUGGCUUAUGAACAUGUAAGCGAUCAUCAAACAUUAAAUAGCAUAUAGAUCAAAACUGCUUAACGUUCCUGAAUGAAAUGUUGGACCCAUGACAAGGUAUAGGACUGUGCAAGCAUUGAGGGUGUUGAUGGACUCGAUCUAUGUUUUGAUCAUCAUUCUGAAUCUGAUCCUGACGUAGUCUUUCACAAAAAUGCGAGAAAAAUUUUCUCAGCUUUUGGUUCAAAAUGUUACUUUUUUAAAUGAAACUUACCCACAUUCAAGUGUUGACAAAAAAGAAUGCAUGAAGCUAAAAUAAAAUGUUUGUGUUUUUUUUCCUUUGUGUUCUUUCCUUUGAUAUGAUGUAUGAUCAGAUAAUUAAACAAAUUCUGGUGGCCAUGAAAGUUUUGUGAAAAUGCUCAAAAGUGCUGCCGCAGACUGGCAACUUUUAAAAAAAAAAAUGCUGGUGGAGAUAGAGUUAAUAUAUGCUAGCAUACCAGCUGUGUAGAAGAUGAGUUAGAAAACCACGCUUUAUCACUUCGGAAACACUUUAUUUUACAGUGUCCUUGUUACACGUUACAUGAACUUACUAUAGUAUUAACAGUAAAUUAUGCAUAAUUACAUGCAACCAACCCUAAACCAAACCCUAUUGUAAGUACCUGUAGUUAAUUAAUAUUACUCAGUACUUAAAGGUACAGUGUGUAAAUUUUAGCGGCAUCUAGCAGUGAGGUUGCGAAUUGCAAUAUAGAGAAGCUAUGGUGGCCAACACAGGACAAAUAUGUCGUCUGAGACAGCAGAGAGCCGCACAAUUAAUUGUAAAGAAUCGCAAUCUCGAUUCAAACACUUACGCAGUCUUAUUUAUUAAUGACAACGAUUACGCCACUAGGUGGCGACAAGUGACUGUUAAAAAAUGUAUUGUCAUUGAAUCACUCAUUCAAAAGAUUCCUUCAAAAACACUGGUCUAAUAAAUUCCCUGUUAUUUUGUUUAGUUGUAUAUUCAGAAUCGUGGGAGAAUCGUGAUCUUUAUUUGAAACCAAAAUAUCAUGAUUCUCAUUUUUUCCAGAAUCGUGCAGCUCUAAUGCCGGCACAAAAUGGCGACUUAAGGGGACCCGCGGUGUAUGUAAAUAGAAAUGGCUCAUUCUAAGGUAAUAAAAACAUAACGGUUCAUUAUGUAAGGUCUUUGUACACCACUGAAAACAUAGUGAUGUAUAUUAUACUGCAUUUCUGUCAGUAGAUCCUCCUAAAAUUUACACAUUGCACCUUUAAAUGUAUAAUUACAUUGGAACAAGGACACCUUAAAAUAUCAUCACUUGUAAAUGACACACACCGUUAAUUGACGGCACACUGUUUACCGUGCAUCUGAACGUGCUAAAGUGGUUAGUUGUAAAUGUUAGUCUUGUUAACAACUAGCCCUCAAUAUAGAAAGAAAUAUAAUUAAAUUUAAGAAAAAAAAAAAUAGAGUGGUUUAUCAUUUCCUGAUUCACUAAAAACAUCUCACUUUUGAAAUUAAUUCAGUGAAUAAAAACAUGAGUGUGGAUUUUAAGAUCAAUAAAAUUAAUAUGAGGCUAAUUUUGAAUAUUCAAUAUGCAUUUAUCUCAAGCUAACUGUAAGAAAAGGCUUCAGGAGUUCUGAAUAUCUCUCUAGGCUGGUUCUUUUUUGAAACAUCCUCAUCUUCAGUAUCCAGGAGGAUCUGACAAAAAUGAAAGAGGUGAUGCACCUGUUGUGCUUUAUUAUACUUCUAUAUCCCUUUUUCCUCGCUUCUCUGAGACAUGGCUGUGAUGACACUUUUCUUUGAAUCCAACUGAGACCUGGAUUUCUUCUUUAGAUUUAAGAUCAACUGUUGUAGUUAUUGUUUUGUAUUAAAGGGUAAACGCUUGCAACAGAGAGCAAAAAAUCAAUGCCGCGCAUAGUUCAAAAUUUUUUUUGCAUGCAAUGCCUUUUUGAUGGCUUUAAAAGGACGGGUUUCUGGAGAUGAAUCCUUUAAGAAAAGUCACUGUUUUGCUUCUGAUAUGUAUGUUCAGUUAGAUCCUAGCUCGCUUCGGAUUUGCUUGGAAAACUUUGAGUUAUGAGUGGCCUCUGGCAUGAAAAAUAUUACAUGAGGUAAUUUGAUUUCAAGGGACUUUGCUUUCUGUUGUCUUUCUGUAGGAGAAUAUUCUUGUUCUAUGUAUGCUGUUAACACUGAAUGUUUCCUUCCCCACAUUUGGGUUUUGCACCGUUUAAACUCUGUGAUUAUAAAAAGUCUGGCAAAAAAGAAACACACACAUGCAUAUAUUAAAAGGUACAGUAAAUAUCUAAAUAUAUAUGAGAAUUUUUUAAGAAUGUAUUUUGAUUAUGGGUAUUGAUUUGGUUUUGUCCCUCUGAGUUGCUUGUAAUAUAUUACGUGAAUAUGAUGUCUAAUCUUUACUUAGUUUGGGGGAACCUGAAGCAUUAUUCUGAAUGCAUGAUGUUACAGUCCUGUUCUUCUCUUAACCUGCACUGUGUGUGUCCAUUUAACUGUUGUGAUCGCGUCCUUCCUCUGUGACUGGACGGAGAAGAAGCUUACGGGAUUUUUUUUUCUCUUUUUGUGUUUGUUCUUUGCUGCUGCUAAAAGAAACUGUUCCAAUCAAUUUCCGCUGUGAAUCUUAUAUUGUGGAACUUCGAACAUUGAAACAUUUGCCAUUUUAAUGCAUAUACUGCAAGAACUUUGCAUCUACUUAAUAAUAAAAAACAUUUGUAUGUCAA